AUGUUUGAUUGUGUUUUCUAUGAGGAUGCCCUUGACUCGAUUAGCGGUCGCUUGCUCCGUAGCAGUGUUUCCAGUAUGAGUUGUGGAAUGACUGAGAGGGUUCUCAGUGGUGGGCUGAUGAGACAAACUGGGGGUUUAAAUGAAGGCACUGAAGCUGCGUUGGGAUGUGAUGAUUUACUUUGUGGAGUGUUAGGACGUGUACGUGUACGUGAUGUAUUGAAUGGGUUUUUUGGAGAUCUGCAAGUGUGA